CACAACCACAACCAUGACCACAAACCGAGGGGACCUCAAGCAUGAGCCGCUCCAUCUCAUCUGUGGAGAUGUUGACAACCCCAACCUCUCCACGAUCCUGCAUGAUGUUUGCAGAAAAGAUCCGCUGGGGAAAUCUCUAGAGAACCUUUCCACCAUGUGAGCAACCAGCUUGUAUGGGAAUGAGCUGGAGCCGAGACGAUCUUCCGGUCAGUCAAGGCUCUGCUCUCUGACAUGCUCGAUACUGGAUAAUAUUGGGUACGUAGUCAGUUCUGCGUAAGUAUAAAUACCUACAUUUGCUGUCAUGUGUGUCAUGGCAACUUCCCCAACUUCUUGCAGUACCCAGAUAUCUCGCUUCUAGAUUGCUGUCUGCCAUUGUUUACGGUUUCAUCAUGCAAGUUUCUUUGACCUGCCUGUUGUUGCUCGCCGCCGCCACGACCGAGUCUCUGUCCAUUCGUGGCAAUGUCCAAGAGCCUUCAGUGAACGGACUACCACCUCCUCCCAAACCUGAGCCGAUUUCCUUGAGAAAACUGCUCCUCCCUCCUGCCAUAGCCGACGACGCACCUGUUGGUGGUUGUGACAAGAAGGCAAAUCCAAGGGGAACCGGUUGUCUUGGAACAACUGCCUACUUUCAGGGAGGAGGAUUCCUACCUGAUGGGGACCACGUCUUCGCCGAGGUGAACUUUGUUGGUGCUCCUGCUGAGCCUCACCCGGCGAGCAUCUACAACGGAUCGCAGCUCAUCUUGGUCAAAGCGAAUGGCAAAACAUUUCCUAAUGGCGACUCCUGGAAGUGUCUCACCUGCGGCGUUCCCCACGAGGAAGGCAUGUUUGAUAACCCACAAGCAUUCCUGGACGGCAAGCGUGUACUUGCUGGCCUGCGCAUCGUUGACUGUGGGAAAUAUGGGUUAUCCAGCAACAAAUGCACCCGGGAGACCACCAACGUUUAUCCCAUCAGAUGGAAUGUCAGUCCUGACGGCUCUGGGCCUGGCGGUGAAAUAAGGGAACUACGUCUACAUCCCGACAACGUACAUUUGGGCUUUAAUGCCUUUAGCGUUAUCAAUGGAAAGCUCGGUCAGAAUGGAUAUUUUUCAAGACUCUCUUUCAAUCCGUCGCCGAAGACCGGCUUGCCGUCUGGUCCUCGAUAUGACUUGAUCAAAGUGACUCGGCUUGAUAGCCUCAAGAAUCCGACGAAAGUCGGAGUUAAAGGCGACAAGGUCAUCAUUACGCCAAAUGCGAUCUCCGUCGGCGAAUUGAGAGGCUUCAGUGGUGACGGUAAGGAAGUGGUUUCGAUUGGAGGAGCCGCCGAAUCAUCCAAUAUCGAUGCCUUUGCUACCGACUUGACGACAGGUGCGAACCGCCGAUUGACGAGCCAUCACGAAUAUGUUGAUCCGAUCGAUAUUUCCCGACAUGAUAAUUGGAUAGCAAUCAUGGACACCCGUGGGACUGACCGAAAUACAUGGCUUUCUGGAAUGCACCAUAUCCCUCCUCUCACCGAUCUUGUCACCACGACUCUUACUUCGUCUGUCCGAAAUAACGGGCGGAGAAGAUUCUUCCGACCCUACUUGCUAGAUCCACAUGGUGACCGUGGUGACUACUUCGGGCAGAGAAUCAAUGAUCAAGGAUCUGGUAUACCAGGCAGCGGUGAUUUCAACGAUCCUGAGUGGAACGGCAGAGCGGACCCUCGAUGGUCUUUUGACGGUACCAAAAUCGUCUAUUGGGAAGAACAGACAAUUUCUCCUGCAUGCGGUGGCCAAAACCCCCUGCCAUGCUACCCCUCCAAGGAGCGAGAUGGAAUCGCCCAGCGUAUGGUAGUCGCGACUCUAACAAACCGCAAGCCGCGUCCCCCACCCAACGUGAAGACUGCCUCAGACGUCGUCCCUUGGGGUGAGCCAUAUGUAACCGGGAGCCAACCACCGAUACGCCCAGAGAUACCCGGAGGUACUUAUAUUCUCGAGGGCCAGGCAUCUGGACACGCAAAAGUUCUGCUUGGGAAUGAUACUGUUGAUGUUGAUUAUUUUGAGUUUUCUGAUGAUGGCAAGAUCUUCCUCAACGGGACAGAAAGAGUCAAAUCUGAGGCUAUCAACUUGAGCACACACCACAUCGACUGGUAUUCGGAUCUGACCCAGACCAUCGGGAAAGUGAUUAACACCAAGAAGACUGGACCCGGCGGCUUGCAGGUUGAGAUGGAUUUCAUGGUCAACUUUUUUAUUGCAAAUGGCACGCUUGUGACAGAGCUUGACGGCAAAAAGUACUUCCAGCCUCAAAACUACACAUAGGUGGGCAACUGAAAGGAGGCGAACAGCUUGUACAGAAUGGCUUGUUAUCUUGGCCUUUUCAAUCGAAUCAUUUGCGCUGCAGUGUUCCUUCAGCUGUUCCUAAGAACUAGUUUAUAUUUUCAAAGGAUCAGAUAUUGCAUUGCCAC